AUGUCGUCGUUUCAACAUCAAGCGGCCGAUCUGGCAACCAACGGUGCUGCCAAUGGACACGAAAAAGCGCCAUCCACUGGGCCCAUGUCGAGGAGAGACACUGUCAAAGAUACGCCGCAAUCACGGUCUGAAGCAAAGAAAGCCUCGAUACUCGACAAGCUCACAUCCCUAUGGACCAAGACCGGCAUCGACCGCCGGACGUUUAUGUCCAUGUUCAAGGGUGCACUGGCACCCACCAUAUCUUUGGCUCUUUACCAGGCAGAUGCGUUCGCAGAAUACUUCACAACUCUCGGGUAUCUUGUAAUCAUCAUGACGGUUCUGCCUGUCGUAAUAAUGCCGAGAGCCAAAUUUCUGCAAACGAUGCUAAUCAACAUCACCUUCGUCUGCUUGGGGUGUGCGAUCGCGCUACUGGCCAUGUUCUGUGCUGUGAAAGCGAGAGUCAAUAGUGUAGGCAAUCUCGGGCCUGGAACUGGUGGAGCGGGAACUUCAGGAACAGCAGCUCAAGGCGCAGCUACUGCUCAGUACAAUUCUUCUGGCUCGGCAGUGGCUGGACUUUGGCUCUUCGUAUUGAUAUACAUCAUCAGUGUGGUUCGAGGAAAGAACCCGGCUUAUACCAUCCCGUGUAUCAUGUGGGCUGUUUUGGCAAACGUCAGCUUGGCGUACGCCCCUCAAUUCAGUACGAUGGUCCAAGCGGAGGCCUUUAUCCAGAAAAUUUUGGCUUCAUUCUUGACUGGAUUUGCUGUGGCAACGGGCGUAUCACUAUUGGUGUUCCCCCUGACCAGUCGACAGAUUGUCUUCAAGGAGAUGACGGGUUAUCUAUCUGCGAUUCGUGGUGCUGUCAAAGCCAACCUUACGUAUAUGCACAGCCUGGAAGAGACGGACAUGUUUGCAGCUCAGAAAACCAAUACUGCUGGCGAGAAGCCUCCCCGAAGCAAGGAAGCGCAGGAUGUAAAGCAGAAGAUGCAAGGACUCGCUGGGCUACACUCCAAGCUGUCCACUGACCUUCCCUUCGCCAAGCGAGAGAUAGCUUUGGGCAAGCUUGGUCCUGAUGACCUGCAGGAGUUGUUCCGCUUAUUUCGAUUGGUCAUGAUACCAACCGCUGGUCUGUCUAGUAUGUCGGACAUCUUCGAUCGUAUCGCUGAAGAGCAAGGAUGGGACAAAUCGGUCGACUAUUCCGAUGCCACCGUUGAGGAAGCACGCAACGAGGACGAGAAAAUGCGUAUUGAAGCGGUGAAUGAGUGGCACGAACUGAUGAAGCUUCUCCGACAGCCGUUUGAGAGCAUAACACAGACCAUCGAUGACGGCCUUUUGCAUGUGUUACUCACUCUACAGCUCAUACCGCGGCCCAAAUGCUCAGACAGCGACGCUGAUAUCGAGUCAAGCGGUGCAGGGCUGAAGCCGGGCGACAAAGGGUUCACCUCCAUCUUCGAUCAACAAUCGCGCGCCUUCUUGGAAAGCAAAAAGGUCAUGCUUCGGGGCUGGUGUCAUCUACACGGCAUAGAUCUUCCGGAGAAUUUCUUCGAGAACACCCAUCGAGAUAACUUCGAAGCGCCAGCAUGGAUGCAAGAAGGGAUUCACUCCGUGCCCCAUCGAAGACUGCGGAAGCAGCUUUUCAUGUGCCUAUACAUUGAAUUCCUGCUCUUGACCAUCAGUAAGCGCCUGCAUCAGCUCAUGGUUGCUGCCGAUCACUUUCGAGACAGUGGCAAGCUGAGCAAGACGCGGCUGGUUGUGCCAGGAUAUAAGCGGCUACGCAAGUGGUUAUUAAGCCUCUUCGUCGAGCGAGAAGAUACACACGGAGAAAACGAUAUGAACGCGAACGACCAGAACACUACCACAGUCUACCUUGGGGAUGCCUAUAAGAAAAAGAAGGAUCCAGAGCACCUGCCUCCACAAAACGCCUGGGAGCAUCUCGGCGACCAGCUCAGGAACAUUGCGCAUUUCUUCGCAUCUCCUGCGUCUGUUUUUGGCUUUCGUUGUGCCUGUGCAACCAUGACGAUCGCCAUUGUCAACUAUCUACACGACACACAGACGUUCUUCACCACGCAAAGGCUAUUCUGGGCGCAGAUUAUGGUAUCCAUUGCGAUGUCUCCCUCAGCUGGUCAAAGUCUGAGGGGUUUCUUCUUCAGGCUGUUCGGCACUUUCCUAGCUUUGAUAGCUGCCUGGCUUGCAUACUACAUCGUGGACGGCCACACUGCUGGCGUCAUCGUUCUGUUCUUCGUCGCACUGCAUGGAGGCGUCUACAUACUGCUGAAAUACCCGCAGUAUACACCCAUCGGCAUGAUUAGCCAAGUCACUGUCAGUCUCAUCAUUGGCUAUCAGCUACAGGUACAAAAACUUGGUAUAGCAGUUGCUACGUCCAAUGGGCAGGCCUACUACCCUAUCUACGAGCUUGGUCCUAUCAGACUCGCUACGGUUGCCGUGGGCCUCUUCGUUGCUUGGAUAUGGACGAUCUUUCCUUAUCCUAUCUCGGAGCACAACCAAGUGCGCAAGAACCUUGGGUCUGCGCUCUAUCUGCUGGCCAACUACUAUAGCGUAACCCACGAGACCGUUCGUCUGCGGCUUCGCGGUGAGAUGGGCAACAUGGCCCUGGAAGACAGCCCUGGCCGAAGACUAGACAAAGCACGAAACAAGCUCUUCGGCAAGGCCAACCUUGCAAUUCAAGGUCUGCGCGCUCAGUCUGCAUUCCUCAAAUUCGAUAUACCGAUAGGCGGCAAAUUCCCGAGAAAACAGUAUCAAGCCAUCGUUAACCAACUGCAGUCGAUUCUGGACUUCAUGUCGUUGAUCAGCUUGGCCUCUUAUAGUUUCACGGAGUUGCGCAUUGAAGGGGAAGAACAGCACGGACUGCAGUGGCUACAUAGCUUCGAGAAGCUGGCAGGCUCAGCACAGUUCACAUCGGAGCAAGUCACGACUCUGUUGUCUUUGAUGUCUGCUGCCAUUGACAAUGGCCAAGCUCUUCCGCCGUAUCUGAAAGUGCCAGAGCCAUUUUCUUUGGCGCAGAAAUUGGACGAGAUGGACAAGGACAUACUAAGCGUUCGACACAUCGCAGAACCAGGCUACGCAAGCUUCUCCACCGUGCAGAUCGGUACAAGAUUCAUACACGAUGACUUACGAAAGCUGGUUGCCCUGGUUAAGGAGCUCGUGGGAGAGCUUGACUUCUCGUAUCACAUUGUCAGCACUCAGGAUCCGGCGCGCAACGAGUCUGAAGUGACCUUGGUUUACACUAAGACCAAUCCAGAGAUGCGAACCAAGCAAGAUUGA